AUGCGAAACGAGCACUGCCUCGGCCGCAUUUUUUCUUCCCCAAAGUUAAUAGUUUUUUGGUGUAUUCUUCUAUCACUUACCGAUCGGAUAUCGGGACAAAUCGAAAAUGAGACGUUUGAGAAGGCAUUUGGACUGGACAUUACCCGAUCCGUGGAAAGCAGAGAAUCGACUUUUGUAGAAGGUAACAAUAGCGAGCAUACGACGCGGAAAGGAACACCGGGGAGUUUAUCCGAAGUAGAGGACCUGAUCCAAGAAGAAAGUCAUCAAGAUGACAAGGAGGAAAGAGAGAAGAAGGAAGAAGAAGGAGAAGUGCCAGCUAGCGCGGAUGACGACCCUAAGCAAGAAAAUGAAACCAAAGACGAAGUCACGAUUUCUCGAAGUCCUUCUGGUAAAAUGGCCGGGAAAAUUGCACAGUAUGUGAGAUACGAUUCUGAUUCACCGGAAGCAGAUAGGUACGCGCCCCGUUCCGAUGAUUCAGUCCCAAACUAUGUAUUGACGCAGAAUAGAUUGAAGGAAAUCCGUUCGAAGUUCAUGUACUGGUUCUUCGACCUGGGUGGGGACGACAACGAAGGCGACUAUCAGAAGCAGAUCCAAGCAUCCACACAGCAAACACACAAGAAUUUCAAUUUUCAAUUACCCUUCUAUGGGUUCAGAUUCAAUUACACCAGGGUAUCGAUGAACGGUUUCCUCGAGUUUAGCGAUCCUCCAUUGCAUUAUACGUACCCCCUCGUGUUUCCAAUCAAGGAUUGGCCAAAGAAGAACGACCCCAGUUUCAUAGGAAUAUUCUUCAGUAAAUGUCGUAUAGGAGAAGUCCGACCAACUGACAUAGACCAGAGAAAGCCUGGCGUAUACUUUAGGCUCGAACGAGAUUUGCCAACGAGGAAGGAUCAAUUCGGCGUGGAAAUGCGCGAGCGUCUCAAAUGGGACAUUCGCGAGGGUAUCAUCGGCACCGAAUCCUUUGAGCCAAAACACGCGGUUAUAGUGACAUGGAAAAAUAUGUCCUUCGCCGGUGGCAUCGAUAAUUCCCUUUACAAGACGAACACGUUUCAAAUGGUUCUGGCCACUGACGAAGUAAACACUUACGUGAUAUUUAAUUACCUGGACCUACAGUGGACCAGUCAUACCGAAGCUGGUGGUGACACUACGGGCGGAGAAGGUGGAGUUCCAGCAUUUAUUGGAUUUAAUGCCGGAAACGGAACGCAAAGUUACGAAUACAAGCCAUACUCUCAAAUGUCGACGCUUCGUGACUUAACUGGAAGAGGAUGGGCGAAUGAUUUUCCAGGACGUCAUAUGUUCAGAAUAGACGAGAAGAUAAUGCCUGCGGUUUGCAACAAGGAUAUCGCUGGAGCAAACUUGCCUCUCGUAUUCGCGCCUGAAAGCGGAAACAUGUUAGGUGGUACCCUCGUGAAUAUUACCGGUCCAUGUUUCAAGGAGACUGAGAAAAUUCGCUGUAUGUUCGAGAACGAAUGGGUGCUGGGUACUAUAAUCGAUAGGAACCGUGCUAUUUGCGUCCAGCCAUUCGUGAAGUCGCAAGGGUACAUCCGGUUUGCGAUUAGCAUUGGUGACAGCAAAACCUAUGAUUGGAAAGGGAAAUAUUUCAUUGAGACCCCAGCUACAGCUGCCGAGAAGAUCUUCGUGGAGAAUACCGUUCACCAAAUCUACCCUGCCCAGAUCAAUAUCACUUGGGACGCGUAUAAUUUAACCAGCAACCAAAACGCGGGUGUACAAAUAUCUUUAUGGGGGUACCGUGAAACGAAAACUACCCCUGAAUUUGAAUAUAUCACUAUUUUGGAGAAAUCAUACACAAAUACGGGUUACUACAUUAUUAGACCAGCUGCGUACCGCAACGAGAACAAUCCCUACCAACAAGACAUGACUUUUGGAUUUAUUCAGCUUAAUUUAACAGACCCAGCUCAGCAAACUGGCCUCACCAUCACACCACUUCUAUGGAGUAGACCGAUUCCAUUAGGCUGGUACUUUGGCCCUCAGUGGGAAAGAUCGUACGGGUCGAAAUGGCCUCAACGACUUUGCGACAAGUGGAUUAUGAACGACAGAUAUCUAAAGAAUUUCGCGGCGGAGAUAUCCCUUUGUCCUUGCACCUUGAAACAUGCAUUGAGCGACAAGGGCCGUUUCCUUCCGGACUAUGACUGCGAUAAGGACGGGAAUUUAGACUGCAUGUACAACCAGCACGCGCAUCAUUGUGUGAGAACAGGAGCACCAAAUAUGGAUGGUUCAGAGCAACAAUGUUGUUACGAUAAAAACGGCUAUUUGAUGUUGUCGUACGAUCAGCAAUGGGGUUCUAGGCCACAUAGGUCCCAUAAUUUGGGCUACUACCCAUGGGACGAGGCCAACAAAGUUCCAACCCUUUCCCAUUGGUAUCACGAUGUAAUACCAUUCUACAUGUGUUGCAUGUGGCAAGAGGAACACGCAGUCGGUUGUGAAACCUUCAGAUUUGAAAGACGACCAAGCCAAGAUUGCAUCGCUUAUCAAUCCCCAGCUGUUGGAACAGUGUUUGGUGAUCCUCAUAUCGUAACAUUCGAUGGUUUGGAGUAUACGUUUAAUGGGAAGGGAGAGUUCGUGUUGGUUCGUGUAAAUAAUUUGAAAGAUAAGCUUGACAUACAGGGCAGAUUCGAGCAAUUACCAAAUAAUAUAUACGGUGAAGUUAAAGCUACGCAGCUGACAUCUAUAGCAGCAAGGGGAAAUAAUUCCGCAACCAUAGAAGUUCGCAUAAGGCCCAAACAUUCGCAAUGGAGGUAUCGCCUUGACGUCUUCGCAAAUAAUCGUCGAGUUUACUUUGAUAGGCCAUCCCUGAGGUCUCAACACUUCACUGGUGUGGUCGUUUACACACCCACGUACAUAUUGAAUCAGAGCGAAGUGAUCAUUAUGUUCGACACUGGUGCUGGUGUAGAAGUAGUGGAAAACGAAGGAUUUAUGUCAGCCAGGGUCUAUCUACCCUGGACAUAUUUGAAUAAAACCAGAGGAUUGUUUGGGAAAUGGAACUUCGACAUCGUGGAUGAUAUGAUAAAUCCGGACGGCCAGCAAAUAUCAGGGACUAACUUGAACCACUUCGAGGAUGUACAUAAAAACUUUGCAAUUUACUGGAUGUUGGAAGAUAAAGAAGACGAUGAAAAGGGUGGUGCUUUGUUCACCAGAGAGUUUGGCAGAACUGCGAGUUUCUAUUCCAACAAAACCUUUGAGCCUGAGUGGCGAAAGGCACCUGUAGAUAUAUUGCCUACUAAUAGGUCGUAUGAUGUACAGCGAGCUGCAGAUCUUUGUGGAGAAACGUAUCAAUGUCAAUACGACUAUGCAAUGUCGCUCAAUCGUGAUCUGGCUCAUUUUACGAAAAAUUAUUACGACACGUAUACAAAAAUAAGGGAGAUCAAUAUGAACGAGCGAGUCGUAUCGUGCGGUGUAUUGGAAACACCGCGUUUCGGACGGAAAAGUAAUUUCUUUUUCGUGCCAGGUACAAAGGUAACUUUCGAGUGUAAUCAGGACUUCAUUUUGAUUGGCGAUCAACGACGUGUCUGUACGCCAGAGGGUCGUUGGAACGUGCCAGAAUACGGGUAUACCGAGUGUUUACGUCAGGUCGAGUAUACUCAGCGUACAGCAUGGACAACAAUGGGUAUUAUUUGCGCCGUUUUAAUUCCUGUAGUGGUAUGUGUCGCUGGCGCCUUCCUUUAUAUACGAAAGAAUCAAUCACAGGGAAGUUCCGUAAAAUCGUGGCGUUAUUCUGAACGUGGGUCUGCCAUUGACAAUGAUUCCACAUUGUUGAAACAGGCCACGCCGUUGAAAACAUACGAUAGACCAAUCUCACCGGUUAGCGACAUUAGCACUAACCCGAGCACGUUUAAAAAGCCUCUCUCUUAUGACAAAGUUUAUCGUACUAAUGAGCCUUUGCCAAACAGACCAGAUGUCGAUUUUGAGGACAAAGACUGGGAUCUGAAAGAACCCAAUUCUCCAACAGAUUCGGAUAAAAGUACAAUAGAGUCUAUGAGAAAAGCUGGUAGUCCUAGUAAAGAGAGCGACGUGUAAAAUUAAUUGAAGGAAGUGUCGUUAACCACUGAUAGUGUGAAAAGAAUUC